UUGGGUGUUUGUCGAUCAAUGUCGAAAAAUGGGGUUCCUUUCCGGUCUAUGGUUGUGACAGGAGGUUUUCGUCAGAGAACUCAACUUGAGAAUUUACAAGAAGGUGUCGAUGUCCUAAUAGCAACACCUGGUCGUUUUAUGUACUUGAUCAAAGAGGGAUUCUUGCAGCUAUCAAAUCUGAGAUGUGCCGUGCUAGAUGAAGUAGACAUACUCUUCAACGAUGAAGAUUUUGAACGAGUGCUACAAAGUUUGAUAAGUUCUUCACCUGUUACUGCGCAAUAUUUAUUUGUGACUGCAACAUUGCCAGUUGACAUUUACAACAAAUUGGUUGAAGUCUUUCCGGAUUGUGAGGUGAUCAUGGGACCCGCAAUGCAUCGUAUAAGUGCCGGCCUCGAAGAGGUGCUUGUAGAUUGUAGUGGAGAUGAUGGAACUGAAAAAACUCCAGAGACAGCAUUUCUGAACAAGAAAUCUGCACUUCUGCAGCUUGUGGAGGGAAGUCCAGUUCCAAAAACAAUUGUUUUUUGUAACAAGAUAGAGACAUGCAGGAAAGUCGAGAAUGCAUUGAAGCGCUUCGAUAGGAGGGAAAACCAGGUGCAAGUUCUACCAUUUCAUGCCGCUAUGGCACAAGAAUCGCGACUUGCAAAUAUGGAAAAAUUCGUCAAUACUCGCCCGGAAAAGGUCUCUCAGUUUCUAGUUUGCACCGAUAGGGCAUCGCGUGGAAUUGAUUUUGCCGGAGUGGAUCACGUUGUUCUCUUUGACUUUCCGCGCGAUCCUAGUGAGUAUGUGCGCCGUGUCGGAAGAACUGCUAGAGGUGUUGCAGGAAAGGGCAAGGCAUUCAUCUUUGUGGUGGGAAAGCAAGUCUCUCUCGCCCGCCGGAUCAUAGAAAGAAAUCAAAAAGGGCACCCGUUGCAUGAUGUGCCAUCAGCUUAUGAGCUCUUCAGAUGAAGGCCUGUUUUCUCCGUCUGUAAAUAUAACAAGAUGCAGUUUUAGUAGUGGUCAAUUUUGCCAUAUAGAUUAUUGUUAUGGCUAGUUUUGUAGGAAAAUGAAAGAUAAUGGAUGUGUUAUUUAUUUAUAUAUUUUGUGGGGGGAGGAUAAAGAGACUAACAUUUCAAGGAAUAUGCAAUAGA